GACAUAGCACGGCUGCUAACAGACGACAGUGCCGUUUGCCGUGAUUCUGCGAAGAGUGCUCUAGACACCAUGCUAGGAGCUGGAUUAGCAGCUGCUGAUCUCAAGGUGGUGGUGCCACCGAAUGCUGAGCUCUAUGUGCAGCGGCUGAAGCACCAGGAUCCAAAAGUUCGCUGUGCAGCCUGCUGGGUAUUGGGCCAUUCAGCUGCGGCAGUGGUGAACCUGCACGGGAUCGCCGAAGUCUUGGUGAAGGAAUCCAACCCCAAGACGCUGUCCCUCGCUGCGGAAUGCAUUGGAGCCAUGCAGCUGGCAGCUCUACCAGCUGCGCCUGAAGUGGCAGAAAGCCUGAAGAGCUUCAUGGCUCAGGAGGGUCGCGAGAAGAUGCGCGGCAUAGCCAGAAGCCCUGCCGGCGCAGCCCUGAUGCAGCUGCACAAGGAAGUGGUCGCUGUCAUCGGAAGAGCCAUUACCAAAGACCCGCGGGUCAAAGAUGCAGCAGAGCGAGCACAACAGUACGGUGCAAGGCUUGGUCGAGAGACAAAUUUGCAACGAGAGGAGGGC